AUGGCAUCUUCAUACGGAACAAAGGUCACCAACGACCCCGAAGCCAACAACCGCAUCAAUGAGGCCGUCGGCACUGUAACCUCCGACUCUCUCGCAGGCGAAUCCCUCAAGAACUCGGGUUCCUUCGGCGCCGGUAACCCUAAAGCAGGAGCCACAUCACAGCCCUCAUCUUCCACUACCACAAACACAACCGACACCUCUUCCGCCACCAAGCUCCCCUCAGCUACUAACUUUGAAGAGCGCGAGGCGAAACAAGGCCGGACCGCAGACCAGGAACUAAACGAAGCGAAAGGCUACGGCAAAGAAGCUGGCAGAGGACCUACCUACGCUACACCUGGUGCUACAUCAUCCAGUGGAGGAGCAGAAAGCCAAACCAGCUAUUCCGGUUCCGCGCCUACAGGCUUACAAGCCGGCAAGAACAUUGACCCCAACGUUCUUCAGCCCAAGGGAGCGAACCUAACGGAAGACAAGGACAUGAGCGGUGAGAGGAAGUAUCCAGAGGUUGGGACAGAGAAUGAUCCGGCGAGGGCGCAUGAAUUGAAGUUGCAGAAGAUGGAUGCGGUUCCUUCAGGUGUGUCGAGCAGGAAUGAUAUGGCGCAGGGUGGGGAUAGCAAGUUUAGUGGGCUGGGGGAUGCGAGCGCUUGA